AUGGGGCGCUCGCCCACGGCGGUGGCGGCUGGCGUCACGGGCCUGCCAAUACGUACGACUCUGACAAAGCCGCGCGAGAAGCGGGACGAUGGCGGCGUGUGGGGCUACCAGCCGCGCCCCGGCUCCCCGCCGCCGAGCCGCGACGUGUUGAAAUUUGUGCAUUCGUUGGACCUGAGCCAGAGCAUCACCAACCCGCGGCGCGACCUGCAAAAUGGCUACCUGGUUGCCGAGAUGCUAGCCAGGUUCUACCCGGGUGAGGUGCGCAUGUGCACUUUUGAGAACGGGAUCGGUGAGAAGGUCCGGCGGGACAACUGGGAGCAGAUUAUGAAGGCGGCGCGGCGCAAGGGUCUGGCGCUGACGGAUGAGAUGGCGGAGGGGACGCUGCGGGGGUCCCAUGGCAGCGCGCUGGCACUGCUGGAGUUUCUGUACGAAGCCACCACAGGCAAAAAAUCGUGA